AGCAGCAGCAGCAGUAGGAGUACCAGCAAGCAUGGUGCAGAGGCGAAAAACCCGCAGGAGAAAAGCGAACUAAAAAAGUUCAUCCCACACCUGCUGGCUGAGGUCUGCUGGAGCUGGUCUGCUGCUACAGCAGCUGAAAGAGGUAGUCUGCGAGAGUGGAACUCCCUCCCCGUGUUUUUUCUGCGGAGGGAUUCAGCUCUCUGGUGUCCCCGGCUCGCGGGCGGCCACCGUUUCGCGCGAGCUAUUCGCCCUUUCGAGCCCUCAUUUUCAGUGCAGAUUUCAAAAACAAAUUGUGCGACAGGAAGAGGAGCAGCACUCUGACCGACACUCAGGAGGCUUGUAGUCCCAAAAGGGUUAAGGAAACGGCACAUCUAACUCUGAAGUAGGACACUACGGUAGACGUAGGCACGCUAGUGUACGUAGACGCUGACUUUGCCAGCAAGGCCACUGACCUUAGAUCAGUUUCUGGAGCAUUAGUUCUUGUAGCUGGCUGUCUUGUGUCUUGGAUUUCUUGGACGCAGAUAUGUGUCUCACUGUCAACUUCUGAGGCAGAGUGUAUUGCGAUGGGUGACGGUGUUAAGGAGGCUCUCUUUGUGAACGGGAUGCUUCAGUUCUUGAGACCUAGUGCGAAGACUCGGAAAAUUGACGUCGUUGAGGACAACGAAAGAGCGAUUGCGCUUGCAGAGAAUCCGCUUAGCUCGAGUUGGAGUAAGCACAUUGACGUGAGGCACCACUUCCUUAGGAAUUUGACGGAGGAGGGCGUGAUCGAGGUCACCCAUGUCCCAAGCAAGGAGCAGCAUGCUGACAUCCGAACAAAGGCUCUACCGAGAAACCUUUUUGAAGUUCACCGUGACUUUGUCCUUGGCUCAGUAGCUGAGAAGUAG